AUGAGUGGAAGUUAUUCGUUGCCAUAUUCAAACCAUGCUGAUGAGCCACAUCAGUAUCUGAAAACGUUAAAACCUAACCAGAGAGCCUCAAUAAAGGAUUCGAUCCUUCAGCAAAUUACAAAACAUAAACGAAUUGUUCUUCUAGUUGUGACAUUCAUAUGUUUAUCCUUGUUUACAAAUGUUCCAUAUAUACCUCAUCUUAAACCUUCAUCACCCAAAGUUGUGAUUAUAUUAGCCGCUAAUGAAGGAGGUGGUGUGCUCAAAUGGAAAUCACCACAAGAGUGGUCUAUUGAACGAUCAUCAAUAGCCAAUAAAAAGAAUUAUGCUAAAAAGCAUGGAUAUGGAUUAACCAUAAAAGACAUGACUAUAAAAAAGAGAUAUUCACAUGAAUGGAGAGAAAGUUGGGAAAAAGUGGACCUUUUAAAACAAACAAUGAGGCAAUUCCCUCAAACCGAGUGGUUUUGGUGGUUGGACUUGCACACGUAUAUCAUGGAGCCUCAAAUCUCAUUGGAACAACAUUUUUUGAAUAACUUGAACAAUGCUACUUAUAGAUCCUUACAGACGUUCAAUCCUUUGGGACUAGCUACUGACAUUCCAUAUGUUGACUAUUCACAGCCCAUAGAUAUGAUUGUAACGCAGGAUUGUGGAGGAUUCAACUUGGGUUCGUUUUUGCUUCGUCGGUCACAAUGGUCAGAAAUGUUGUUGGAUGUAUGGUGGGAUCCAGCUAUGUAUGAGCAAAUGCACAUGCAGUGGGAACAUAAAGAACAAGAUGCUCUAGAGACAUUGUAUUCAACACAAGCGUGGAUUAGAGAAAGAACCGCUUUCUUGCCGUUGCGAAAAAUCAACUCUUUCCCACCAGGUGCUUGCUCUGAUAAGGCAGAUGACCCGCAAUAUUUCUUUCAGGAGCAUGAUUUUGUUAUCAAUAUGGCUGGUUGUGAAUGGGGACGAGACUGCUGGGGAGAAAUGGAGCACUACAAGGCGUUGUCAAAGAAGCUACAUAAGAAGUGGUGGAAGUUCUGGUAG